AUGUACUUUAUUCAAUGUGCAACAAUAGCAUAUAUUCGUGAUGCUAAUGCAGGAGGUAUAACGGGUAUAGUUACUUCUUUCCCAAAUGUUCUACUUGGACUUACAGGUGCACAAAUUAUCCCUGCUCAAAAUGUUACUGAAGAUUGGACAAUAGCAAGAGGACACCCAACUAAUGCAGUACCAGUUGCACCAAAUGCUAGAGGAGGUAUUCCUAUUAUUCUAGCAGGAAUACGAUCUGGACAAAGGCUUUCGUGGAUAAAAAAACAUUAUCUAACUGCUAAUAAAUAUGUAAAGAUGUUAGAAAUUGGAGCAUUAAGACAAGGCAUAUAUGAGAGUGUACCUUCAUUCUGGGCAAAAAUUCAGAAAUAUGGUGAUCAACUGGGUUAUACUCCAGCACAGAAGAAAACCCAUUUCUUAUCUGGAAUUAGACCUGAUAUUAAAGAUGAAAUUUAUAGAAUGGGCCAAACAAAACCUAUUAAUGAUAUUAUUGAUAGUUUGGCAGAACUUGAAUUACAUCAUGAAAUAUUACAACAGGCACCAUCUCAACCUCGCCAUGCACCUAUUGCUUCUGCUAUUCCAGAU